UUUUUCGUUUGUUGCACAACUUUUGAAACAUCAUCAUCAUAUCGCGGUGUACGUGUGGUAUAUGAAUAUAUGCGUAAAGGUACACAUUAUACGCAUCGGAGCGAUUUUCAAGAGGAAUAUAAGUCCCGAGCCAAACAGCGGUGACCAAGGACGUUUAGAAAAAUAUCCGUCGGUUCUCAUCGAACUCACGUCCGAGUAACCUCCCCUAGGUCGUAUCCGGUUGCACGCGGUUUGAUUGUGAAACGCGUGAGCUGUCGGCGGCGGCGGCGGUCUGGUUUUCUGCCACGAUCGUCGCCGUGGUCGCGACCUCCGAUGUCCAAGACCUUCGUAAAAUUGAACAGAAAAAAAAACGCGCGCACACACACUCGCACGCACACGACCGCGUACGCUUGCUACAUCUCUUCUAUGCGUGGUUUUGAAAUUUUUUUUUUAUCGUCACUUUUCGAGUAGGGAUUCCAGACGGCCACCGGAUAGUGGGAGUUUGCUCGGUCCGGCGAGUCGUCAAUUCCCGCUGGCCUACUGCCGUUAACAUAUUGUUAUUAAUCAUAUACUCGCGUAAAUGAUAUGAUAUGUUCUGUACGCGCCAUCCGACCGUCGGUUAAAUUGAUAUAAUAUAUAUAACAUAUAUUAUUAAUAUAUUGUUUUCGAUCGAAGCGAUUUCGCCGCAUAGUGCGCGUAUCAUCGUCGGUUCACAUUCGCGACGAUACAGCUCUACGUCCCAUACAUACGUAUCAUUACAUUGUUAUAUAAGAUCCAUUGUGCGCCCAUGAUCUGUUUUCCCGAGUUAUACAACAUCGAUCGAUAUCGAUCGCCACCGUCGCUGCCGCCGCGCGUAACGCGUACAUCGUCGUAGUACCCUGCGAAUCCGACCGUGUCGAUCGGUACGCAGCGGGUCCACAGCGGGGGUGCACGUUACACAUCGAAAAGAUAAUUUAUACAUACGCGUGGAGACUUGAACGCACGGAUCGCAAUCAUGAGGAACUUGUUCAGCAUGCUCGGUUUGUCGUACACGCCGUCCAAAGGCGACGGCCGGCGCGCCAGCUACAGCGCCGUGCCCGUGGACCACAGGAGACGUUCGUCGGCGGCCCGGCGUCAGAGUUAUGGGGCUAACAGGCGAAAGAGCUUGGACCCGGCUGCGGUUCUUGGCCGACACCUGUUCGACGGUCGUCUAGCCGAUCCCAGGACAAGACAUACGUGUUUGAUAUCGUUGAUGCUGAUUGGCAUUUCCGCGCUCGUUCUGGGUACACUAAUCGCCGUUUUCGAUCCAUUUAAAUUAAUACUCAAAUGGAAACUCGUUAUGUCCAAAGGUGACGAAACGUUCGAGAUGUGGAAAUCACCAGAAGCAGCAGUUUACCUAAAAGUAUACAUAUUCAACAUAACAAACCGUGAAGAUUUCUUGGCUGGAAUAGACGAAAAAUUGCGGUUUGAAGAAGUCGGUCCAUAUGUCUACAGGGAAAAUUCGGAACAUAAGAACGUAACGUUUAAUAAUAACGAUACGCUGACAAUGACGCCUGUAUUUCCGUUGACAUGGGUGCCGGAACUUAAUACUGGUAGAGAAGAUGACGUGUUGAUAUUACCAAACAUAGCCCUCCUGAGUUUUGCCAGUGUUAUGUCAGAAGCCUCUAUGAUUACCAGGAUGGGCGUCAAUCUACUUAUUCGUCAAACAAAAUCCAAACCAUUUAUCAGACAAACGGCAAAGGAGUUCAUGUUUGGUUAUGAGAGUGCAUUAGUGACUAUAGGCAACAAGUUCUUGCCGUCCUGGAUCGCGUUUGACAAGCUGGGCCUUAUAGACAGAAUGUACGACUUCACCGGUGACAGCGCAACGGUAUUCACUGGCAGAAGUGAUAUAUCCAAAUCCGGAACUAUAGACAACUACAACAGGAGACCGUAUCUGCCUCAAUGGCCAUCAUCGCCUUGCAACAAAGUGUCGGGUGCUUCGGAUGGUACCAAGUUUCCAUCAGAGUCAGAAGGUACAGAAGUGAUGUUUUUCAGGAAGUCUCUCUGCAGGUCAAUUCCGAUGGUUAAAACAAGUGAGCUGAUGAUACAUGACGGCUUACCAGUGUACAAAUAUAUUUUCAAAAACGGAUCAUUGGACAACGGUGCUGACAACCCAGAAAAUAAGUGUUUUUGCCGUAAGAACAAAUGUUUGAAACCGGGACUGAUCGAUGUCACCGACUGCUAUUAUGGUUUUCCUAUCGCAUUAUCUUACCCUCAUUUUUACAAGUCCGAUCAAUCGUUAUUAGACGCCAUCGACGGAAUGGUUCCCGAUCAAAAACGACACGAAACCUAUUUUCUCAUCAACCCGGAAACGGGUUUGCCCACACAACUAUACGUCAGAAUGCAAAUUAACAUUGCUCUAGGUGACAUAUCGGACAUGGCAAACACGGAACAUUGCAGCAACUUGGUUAUACCAUUAGUUUGGACAGAGAUUGGAUUCGAAAAGCUUCCGGAGCACAUGCUGACCAAGUUCUUCGUGUACCUUCGCGUCGGCCCGGCCCUGUUCGUCGGGCUCAAGUACGCGCUGCUGGUCGGCGGCGUGGCGUUCGUCGCGCUCACCGUCAUCGCGUCGCUGUUCAUACCCAUCGACGACGAGCUCAGGUACCGCAACUCGUCGGCGUGGCGCCGCGAGAGCCAGACGCUGACCGGCGGCGGCGGCCCGCAGCGGGACGCCACCCCGACGAUACGCGUGCCGAUACCCGUGGCCGCGGCCGCGGCCGCCGGCAAGGAGAUGAACACGUACUACAACUCGCUGUUGGACGGCGACGGCGCGGCCGCGGCCCGGCUCAACGACGACCUUUGCAGCCGACUGGAAGUGGUGCACGAGGUGACGUCGCUCCGGGGCAGUUGCACCGAAUCGGAGUUCGACGACGACGACGACGACGAAAACGACCGAAUCGUUUAGGUGCCCGUAGUCCGGUCGGGACACGCGCGCGCGCUCGAAAAACAUUACAUAUUGUUAUCAUAUUAUAUAUAUAUUUUUUUUUUUAUAUAGUACGAUCUGAUGACUCGACAACAUGUUUUUUUAACGAUAUCGUCAUAUAUAUAUAUAUAUUAUAUAUAUAUAUAUAAUCAUCAUCAUUGUCAUAAUCGAACUGUAUACGAUAUAUUAUGAUGUGUAUACUGUAUACCUACGUAUAUUAUAUGCACCACUCGUGUAUAUAUAGUCGCAUAAUAUAUUAUUAUAUUUUAUAUUAUUUAUACGCCAUGAUAUUAAGUUUUAUAUCAACGCCGUUCUAAAGAGCAAAAUCGAAAACAAAAAAAAAAAACAAAAACAAAAAAAAUCCAUUUAAGUUUUGUUCCAUUACUAUUAUACGCCAUUUCGACGAUUGCCAUUCCUCGUUUUUAAACCGUAAUAAUAUUAUAUUAUAGGUAACUACAUAUUAUUAUAUAAUAAUAUAGUGUUUAUUCCAUAAAAUGUAUAAUAAUAUACGAUAUGAUAUAUUAUGGUAGUAUAUUAUUAUUAUAUAAUAUUAUAUCGAUGCGAAAAUGUGAUAACCUAGGUCUAAGUUAUUAAAAUGUGAUUUCUAUAUUAUAUUUUACCAAAUAAACUGUAUACGCUAUUUUCGGUGUCGGCCUCCGUGCGAUCGGUACCUAUUCAUAUAUAUAUUAUAUACGUAUUUGAUAUGCUCGUAUGCUCGUAUAUUAUUAUAAUUUAUAAUGAGCACGAGCGUUUGUGGUCUAUCGCUGUUAAUUAUUGCUCACAAUCGCCCGAAUAGAAAAUUAUAUGGCCGAUUUUUUUUUUUUUUUGCUUUUAUCGUCACGUGGCGCUUUUCUCGGAAACUCAUACCUACGCGUGUAAGCCGCUGCAGACGCCCACCUUAAAGUAAUAUUUUGUAGUGUUGUGUCCAAACAACAGUUGCUUUGCCUGUGCAUAUAGGUACCUACCAUAAAAAAAAAUAAAAAAAUACGUCCAUCGAUCGGCUAUUAUUUUACUGUCGUGGAAUCCAAUCGACCUCAAACAAUACAGCAUCACUACUGAUUUUAUUUUCCGGUAUACUACAAAAUAUCGAUUGACCGCAAACGAAAAAUAUGUAUACAUAGGUAUAUAUUAUAUAUGUAUCGACCGCAUUUGUCCAAAAGACCACAAUUUUUAUUUAUGUAUAGUUAUUUUUACAUUUGUUUUGUUUACAGUAAUAUUAUGUAGAAUAUAAUAUGUCGAUUUAUUAAUAUUAUAUUAUAAUUUUUUACUAUUUGACUGAAAAGUCAAAAGUACUAAUUUUACCUUAACGAUUAAUUUAAUAUUAUCUAGUAUACCUGUAUACUGACAAAGCCAUAUUGAAAUGUAUCUUUAAGGCUGUCAUUAGUACAUAAGUGUUGUAAAUUGGAUUUACUUGUAUUUAUCUAAAAUAAAUAUAAAAUGGAAAAAAGUA